ACAUGUAUAAAGAUGUAGCAUGUAGUCGUGGUUAUCAGGAUGACCACGACCAGUAGAAUCAAAUAACUACAUAUUCAGUAAAGCUCGUAACCUUAAAACAAACACUUAGGAGACACUGUUAUUGGUCAGUGAUAAGCUUUUCAGUACAAACUUAUCUAAUGGCAUAUAUAGAUUUAAAAAUCCAAGGCUUUUUUUAUGCCCCGUGAUAUACUACACAAUAUGUGUGUAUAUUUGAGUUCUGUGUGGAUUUAAUCAGUCAAGAUCAGGAGUGCUUUAAUGAUCACUUUGAAGAAAUAUUUGUUGCAAAUUAAAAAUAAAAACAAACUUACAUGUUAGAAAUUAAGAUGAAAUGCAAUUAAAUAAAAUCUGUAGAAAGUACAAUUCCAAAUAUAACAGUUCAGUAAAAGCUAACCUUGUGAUGGAGCUAGGUUAGCUGUUUUAAAAGUGUGCUAAGCUAAACGUGACUUGGAGCAACCUGAUGGUCAUACCUGGUCUGAAGUUUUAUUAUAGGGGCAAAAGUUUUAAGCCAUCAUUAAAUUUUGUUUGAAAACUUAGAAUUAACUGUAGCAUUUUUUUAAAUAUACAAAUCCACAGAGAAAUCUAGUUAGGGCCACAUUAAGAAAAACUAAAUUCAUAAUUUUGAGAAUAAAGUUGAAAUUUCAAGAUUAAAGUCGAACAUCUGUUUUGAGAAAAAAGUCAAAAUGUGGACGUUACAGCUGUUGUUUCAAGACAAACUGCCACAGUUGCUGCACCAUCUGAGUUAGUGAAAUCAUACUUCAGAAUCUAUUUUAGUAACAAGGAAAGAAAUUUCUCUUUUAGCACAUAAACACAGUGUGGUGAUAAGUACAAGAUGGUGCAGAAAGCUGCAUCUGGUCAGACAGAAAAACCACACAAACUUAGAAGAGUGGAUUUGUACAAAAUGAAAUAGCUGGUAAUGGACAGAUGCAAAGUUAUUGAUGGUUACAGCCUUGUGCAAUAUAGAGGAUGUAUGUUGUGUCACAAGACGGUUGAAUUAAUUGUUUCACUAAGUCAUCUACACAAGACAGUUUGUAGAGGAUACAGCAGUGGUAGCAAUGUGUGUUGAAACAACAACUGUUAUCUGAGCUGGCACUGGGGAGCUAGCCUAACUUGUGGGGACCAAAAUCCUGGUCCCCACAAGUUACAUUAAAAUUUUUUUUACACAUUCUCACUUUUUAUUAUGCAGGCUCUUGCAUUUUGCAACAUGUUUGCCUUCACAGAUAUAUAAAGAGAUAAUAAAUAUUUAAAUAGAUAUCUAAAUUUAAACAAAUGAGUGGUGGCUCAAGACUUUUGCACAACAUAUUAAAUUAUGCCAUUCUAUGAGGGUUUAUGGCUCAUCGACAUAUAGUGUACAGUGGUGUAUGAACAGUCCAUUACUGGCUACGUUAAUGACCACUACAGUAUAGGUGUGUGUGUGUGUGUGUGUGUGUGUGUGUGUGUGUGUGUGUGUGUGUGUAGUUGUUGGCCCCACAAACACUGCUAAUGUAUAGGGUGCAGGGUCUGACACAGUCAGCAUUUUUGCCAUCUCUUCUUCACAUACGCUAAAUUUUAUUAAUACACGUAGUAGCUGUUUUCCAGUCUUAUGUGCCAGAACACAUAAAGUAAUCAUGCAUUCAUGCAGUGCUUUUCCUCUCAUAUGCUGUCUGUAGCAUCUGUAUUAUGUAUUUAACCUCUUCAUAUUUCAUAGUGUAGUUUUAUCGUUGUAAAAUUAUCCGCUCUGCUGCCAUUACACUUAUCUAUAGUUGUGACUGAGCAGAUACUACCAACACCGCCUCUUUCGUGUGAAAACAUCCAAGUGAAACCCUGGGUUAACAAAGUGAGAGCUAUGUUUGUGUGACCACGUGUCUUCACUGCAGAUAUCAGGCUAAGUAAACUUAGAUUACAGAAAGAUGUUGCUCACAGUACAGGACCCUGUACAAUUGUUAUAAAGGGGGAAAACUGUCCAUGGAAACCAAAAUAGUUUGUUUGUGCCAGGCUUUAAACAUGCUAAUCUUUUCUGGGCAUUUUGACGUGAGAGUCUACGGAGACUGACUUGCUUUUGGGAUCAUCCUCAAGGGGCCAUUUUUUUGUUUUGUUUGACACCUGAUCGUGCGCUCCAAAGAAGGGAAUAAUUUAUUAGCAUUUCCUUUCAGCAAUUGUAUUUUUCAUAGGAACAAAAUCAGUUUUUUGCUUUGUUUGUUUUUCGGUAGGUAACUCUAUUUUUCUGUUUUUAUUCUCUUUUCUGGUAAAUCUUAGCAUUCCUGACAGUGUAUGAGAAGAAAAAUGUGUGGGGCAUUGUUCAUUUGUUAACAGUGGAUAAAAACACCUUUCAGUGAGCUAUCACUUUAAGAGGACAUUACAGACAAAUCCCCAGUCCCCUGUGUCUUGCUCAGACAUCUCCAGUGUGUGAGAGUCAGAGACAGUGGGUGAGAGCUGAGAAUAAAAGCAAGUUUCAUUGAGACGGAGCCAAGAGUCCAGUCAUUGGCAUGCUACUCUGGUUACCCGGUAGGCCUGCUGCUGGUUGACACAAUUCAGGAUCUUAUAAGAGAUGCAUCAAUAAAAGUUUUCGGCCGCAGAUUAUCAUUGGAAAUGCCGGCAUCUAUAAAGAUGUCACUUUGACUUUGAAGCAGCAGUGAGAAGAAAAAGAACAGCAGCCUUUUUCCAUAUUUUGAAACGGCAGUUUUAUCUUCAGUUUCUGAAUCAGAUUUGGCAGAUUUUCUUGUAUCUCUCCGAACUUGGCUGUAUCCAGGACACUACUGUGGCUUGCUGACUGUCAAAGGAAUAAAGGCUUUGUGGGGAAACAAAAGAAAUACUUGAAUCUUCCACAGUCCUCGACAUUCCUGAACAGGGCAUAAUUCUUGUCCUCACAAAAGCAACACUGACUUCACAGGUAUAAAAAGCACAGCUUCACCUACAGGAUGCUGGAUCUCAACUCUUCAGAUGACAGCAUGAAGAACUCUCUUAAGGACCCUGUGUGCUUGAACGUCGGUGGAGAAGUCUAUACAACAACCUUAGACACUUUAACUCGCUGCCGUGACUCGAUGCUAGGCACCAUGUUCACCGGACAAGUUCCUAUGCUUAGGGACAGCUGCGGCAACAUUUUCAUAGACCGUGACGGUAAAGUGUUUCGCUACAUUCUGAAUUACCUGCGCUCUGGCUCUUUGGAUCUGCCAGAUGGCUUCACUGAACUCGCACUGCUCAGGAGAGAGGCAGAUUUCUUCCAGAUACCCGGUCUGCUGGAGGAGAUUCGUCACUAUGAGGUAUCGGUGCCUCUGGGCCUUAGAGGUGGGCCGCUAGGAGCCAUCAUGAUAGUAAAAGUCGACUCCAAGGUCCGUGUUCUCCAUUUUAACUUGCGCCAUGGGCCUGAAAACUAUGAACUCCGCACAUGCUCUGUACGAGCGUUCACAGUCGACCUCUUUUGUACCUGGAGGGCAUUUCUAGGUUUGCUUUGUGAGCGCUUCUCCUACAGGACACCCCAGGGUCUCAACAGCCCUCACCUAUGUCGUCCGAGGCAGAACAGACUGAAACUGGAAUGGGUGCCAAAGCCUGAUGAACUCCCACAGGAACAGUAUGACAAGCAGCAAUACAGGGGCCUAACUUUGUCUAGCCCUGAGGUCACGUGGUCGGAUGACAUGAUGAACAUGCACUACAGUCACUGUGAAAUCACAGACAUGCAAGGCUUUUUGGAGGAGCUGUUGAAGAUAUCACUUGCUGAGGGGUUCAAGGUUGAUCUAGUCUCUCCUGACCCUGCAGAUAUUCUUAACUGCACUUCACUUCGUCUUGUGAAGUCAUGAGCACUGGAUGAAAGUGACUAGGAAAACCAGAACAUACCAAGAUAAUAAACUAUAGGAUAAGAUGAGAUAGCCUUUACUAGUCCUGGAGUUAAAUUUGAAGCAAUGAAUUCUCUAUGACAUGGAGUUAGAUUUACUGACACAUUAUGACUAGGAGGUCAUUAUCUGUGGUUCUUUUGCUAUCAUAGAGUUUACUAAAAAUAAUGCAAAAUGUGCUUUAUUAAUAAAAUGGUAAAUAAAAUGUACUUUUUUGUGGAAAUUCUGAUAUUGAGGAUACAACUUCAAAUUUUAGUUUGGGCUCUGUUUAAAAAUGGCAACUGUUUUUAAAAGUAGUGCAGUGUGAGUAGUACUAGAGCACACACCAAGGAAUGAUAAUAUUCACUGUUAGUCACUCGGCUAAAUGUGUGACAUAUAUUGUGACUCACUUUACAACAGUGUUGGGAAGGUUACUUUUAAAAUGUAUUCCACUACAGAUU